CAACGCCAAAAAAAAACCCAACCCCAAUUAAAGUGCAGCAAAUCUUCCAAUAUCUUCUCCUUUUCUCUGUCUUUGCCCCCCGAAAAAACAGAGAAAUUCAUCGAAACAAACAAAAACAAGAAAAACAACAGCAUUAAGCAAUAAGCAUCAACAUUGUGAAACCCCAUUCUAAUAAGCCCUUUCUCAUCAGGUGUUUUCUGAUGAGAAGGGUGCUUUUUCUUGUUUUUUUCAGAGUAUACCUUCGUUUCCUCUAACUGGUUCUUUUUUUUUCUCGUGAUUUCAUCACUGCCCAUUUAAUCAUCUUUCUCAUUUUCUUUGGAAAAUUUGAAUAAAAGAUUUUGGAUGCAGAAUGGUGAGCAGGAAACCACAUGAUUCAUUGAGGCUUAUUGCAACAACUUCAACUGGAAUUUUUUUUGGUUUUGUUGUUGGUGUUUAUGUUUCACUCCUUUCAGUUUCCAAGAUAAAUCCAGUUAAUUACCUACCUGUGGCAAUUCUGCCCACCACCGACCAACAUAUCAAGGUUGAUGUUAGGCAAAAUUCCCCAUUGAAUAGUACAAUUGAGAUGCCUAUUCGGGUCCAAUCAAACCCGACUGGAGCAGAGAGGCUACCACCCGGGAUAGUGGAAUCUAAAUCGGACUUGUUUCCCCGUAGACUAUGGGGUCUCCCUAGUGAGGAUCUACCAACCAAACCCAAGUAUCUAGUGGCUUUCACAGUUGGGUUAGAUAUGAAGGAAAAUAUUGAUGUAGCAGUCAAAAAGUUCUCAGACAACUUUACUAUUGCCCUCUUCCAUUACGAUGGAAAGACAAGUGAAUGGGAUCAGUUUGAGUGGUCUAAGCAUGCUAUCCAUGUCAGUGUUCCUAAACAGACUAAAUGGUGGUAUGCAAAACGGUUCUUGCAUCCUGAUAUAGUGGCACCAUAUGAGUACAUCUUUAUCUGGGAUGAAGACUUGGGUGUAGAUAAUUUUGAUGCUGAAAAGUACAUUGAGAUCGCUAAGAAACACGGUUUGGAGAUAUCGCAACCUGGUGUGGAUCCCAAGAGUCCAUUUACAUGGCAAAUGACUAGAAAAAGAAACGAUAGUGAAGUUCACAAGGUAACAGAAGAGAAACCAGGCUGGUGCAAGGACCCUCAUUUACCCCCAUGUGCUGCAUUUGUAGAGAUUAUGGCUCCAGUGUUCUCUCGGAAGGCAUGGCGUUGUGUUUGGCAUAUGAUUCAGAAUGACUUGGUCCAUGGAUGGGGUAUGGACUUUGCCCUUAGAAAAUGUGUAGAGCCUGCAUUCGAGAAAAUAGGAGUUGUAGAUACUCAAUGGAUUGUUCACAAACGUGUUCCUUCCCUUGGUAGUCAGGGUGAAUCAAAAGAUGGGUUAUCUCCAUGGCAAGGGGUUCGGAGAAGAUGUGAAAAGGAAUGGAAAAUGUUUGAAGAUCGGGUUAGCAAGGCUGAGAAGGCACACAAGAAGAAUAUAGAAGCGUCUUCUUAGAUCAGGAGUUCAGGGUACACUAAGGCCCCAAUUUAUAGAAUAUGAGAGAGGGAGAUAUAUUAUGUAUACCAGUUUGUAGGUGUUUUGGUGAUUACAGGCAACAAAUGUUGCUUUGCCCUUUGGCGCUUUUUUGUCCAUACAGAGCUCUAGUUUUGGAGGGUUUCAUAUUGCUUCUUUGGCAUUUGUAUAUGAAUAUAUAAAUUAAUAUCAUUUGUUAUAUUCAUGGGGGAUUAUUGUGAAGUGGGAAUAAAAAUUGAUUGAAAGCUUUAGGCAUCUA